AUGUCCCCCUCGACAAUCACAUCCACCUGUGAGUGUCAAUUCAGUAUUCCCAGUGGCGAAAAGUCACUUCACUCAGUCGAUCCCGCCAACAGCGAGCUUUCGUACAUUAGUCAACCCGUCCCAGUCGACACCAGUCUGUUUGCACCCAUCCGAAUCGCCUGCAUCCGAUCACUCAACUCGGAAACGUACUGCGGUCGGGAAGGCUCAGUGUUCUUUGGCGACGGCGUGAACGGCUAUGUGCUCUCGUACAUGUUUACAGUGUUUGACGCGCAGUCACGAGGGCACCGUGUGAAGUACACCAUCAUGACCAUGAUGACCGACCGCGUCUAUCUCGUCGCCAGCAUGGAGUACUUGAUCAGUCAGUUUCAGAUCAUCGCCUCCAAUCUCCAGUCCAUGGCCAACGCUCUCUGUCCCCAAGUCCAGUCGCCGGCACCUCGAUCCAUGUCAUACUCCUCGUCAAGCCGUCGUGGAACUAUCAUGCCCGAGACAGGAGCGAACGGCGGUGGCGAGAAUGAAGCACAGACCAUCGAGUCCUUACGGGAACUGCGGCGUGUCCUCGGAAGAAGGCAAUUCAAUCGCCUGAUCUGGAACAGUCUUGUGGGGAACCAAGUCAUUAUUCGAGGAGAGGAGUCAAAAAUAGUCCGCGAAGUCAUCAAAUCGCUAGAGGACAUUCUGCCAAAGGACUGCUGUACAAUUAUCAUGGAUGGAUCAAGCUAUGAGCCAAGUUACGCAUGCAAUAUUCUUGGACUGGAUCGCUCUAUCCCAAUACCACCAGACAUGGACCCACAGGAUUUCAUUUUACUGGACAUUUGCACCAAAUCUCUUACUCAGCCUAUUGCAACUCCUCCUACCUCACUACCGGCAGAUCGCAAAAAGGGACAAUCGAACUCUCAAACACAUAUUUAUCAGGCGGACUGGUCGACUACCACUCUGGUGGCAGAUCUGAAGGAAAUGGCGACUGUGCUGGAAAAGAUCCCGGUGGAUGCCAAGGGUCAGAAUGGACAAAAGACAGCAGAGAGUUCUCCUCGCCCUCCAAAUUCAUCUCCUGGUUUAUUGUAUUCACCUGGUGGUGGAUUCCAGGCACAGCGAAGACAGUACCUGUUGCAAGCCGGUGAAGAACCACCCGAGGCAUUGGAUAUGCCGGAGACAGAUAUGCUCGUCAAGGAUGCUGUUGCUCUAGGACAAGGACAGGGGGAAGUACAGACGGGUCUGCCCGGAGGUCGGGCGUCUACUUCACAGAGGCAAUCGCAUCCUUUAUAUAUCGAGACCGUCAACGACAUUCUUGAUUAUAGGAUGCCUCGUCUUAUCGAAGCCAAGCGCCUCGCCGUCCUUCGCGAGGAGUGGAUCAGCAAAGCACGACAGUUCCAUAACUUGUACAAGUCGGGAUUUACAUCGGACGAGACGGUGAUUCAUCGAUUCCUGCAGUCGAUGGGCGUAAACCAGCGUGAUCUCAAGAUUCUCCGUUUCUUUACCCGCUGUGCCCGAAAGAUCCUCUAG